GGCGGGUAACACGCAUUUUGUCCUGUGCUUCGUGGCUGUUGCGCGGCUUCCAUCAUAGUACGACGCCUCGCAACUGACAUUGUAAAACCGUUAACAGAAUAAUGAAUGCAGAUCAACCAUAUUCUGUCGAAUAUGCGAAAAGUGCACGAGCAUCUUGUCAAAAUUGCAAAAGCUCUAUUGCAAAGGAUUCGUUAAGACUUGCCGUAGUAAUACAGAGUCCAAUGCAUGAUGGACUGAUACCAAGAUGGUACCAUCCAGAUUGUUUCUUUAUGAAACAAAGGCCAAAAAGUACUGCAGAUAUUGCUAAUUUUGAUAAUAUUCGAUGGGAAGAUCAGAAGAUAAUUGAAAAAAAAAUUGAGGAAUCAACUAAUCUUCCAUUACCUACAAGUGGAAGAGGUAAAAAACGCGGUAAUGCUGCUGCAAAAAAUGCUGGUCCAUUAGGUGAUUUUCUUGUUCAAUAUGCAAAAUCAAAUAAAUCAACUUGCAAAGCGUGCGAAGAAAGGAUAGUACAAGGUGAGAUAAGAAUAUCAAAGAAAGAUUUUGAAAGUGAACAUGGUAGAAGGUAUGGUGGUAUAGAUAGAUGGCAUCAUCUUGAAUGCUUUGCAAAAGUAAGAGAAAGUUUAGAGUUUUAUGAAAGUGGUGAUGUGCUUCCUGGUAUAAAAGAUUUUUCUAAAGAAGACCAAGCAAAAGUUAAAAAUGCCCUGCCAAAAAUUAAAUCAGAUGAUAUACCAAUUAAGAAAGUUAAAAACGAAACUCAAGAUGCAGAAGAAGAGGAAGAAAUGAAAGAACAGAACCAAGAAAUAUUUAAAAUUAAAGACAUUCUAUCUCCAAUAAAAAAGCUUGAUCUUAUUGCCAUGCUUGAGAAAAAUGAACAACAAAUUCCAGAAGGUGUACCAGCUAUAAUAGAUCGUUUGGCAGAUGCAAUUUAUUUUGGAGCCUUAAAGCCAUGCACAAAAUGUAAUGGGCAACUUGCAUAUACCUCUGGGAUUGGAUAUAAAUGUACUGGAAAUUUAACAGAAUGGACUAAAUGUGAAUAUGUAACACAAGAUCCUAAAAGAAAAAAGUUUGUUAUACCAGCAAAUUUAAAAGAACCAUACCCAGGACUGAAAUCUUUAAAGUGUAAAGUUAGAAAAAGGCUCAUAAAACUGGCUGUACCUUCAACAUCUACAUCUGUGAAAAAAGAUGAUGUUGAUUCUGGAGUUAAAAUUGAGGCAAAACCGAAACCAUUAAAACACAUGCAGUUCGUAAUUAUAGGACGUACAGAAAGAAAUAAAGACAGUUUGAAGAAAGAUAUUAUGCUUUUGGGAGGGGAUGUAACUUCAAAAAUUCAUGAACAUGUAGCUGCUAUUAUAUCAAACCAACAGGAAAUAGAAAAAAUGAACAAAAAGAUAGAAGAAGCUAAAAAAUUUAAUAUUCAAGUUAUUACUGAAGAUUUUAUUGAGGAAGCAAAAGAAUACAUAAUGCCUGCUAUUACACUUAUUCAGAAAAAGACUAUUUCGAGUUGGGGUGGUAAUUUAUCUAAUAGAAUUAAUGUCGUGGCAGAAAAGUCUGCUGCAAAAAGCAAAGGUAAAAGCAUGUUUGAAAAAUCAGCAUCAGGUAAAGUAAAGCUACAAGUAAAGGAAGGUAGUACAGUUGACCCAGAUAGUGGUUUGCAAGAUUGUGCACACGUAUAUCAAAAAGGUAAAGAUAAGUACACUGUUACGUUAGUACAUACAGACAUCCAAUCAAAGAAAAACAGUUUUUACAAGCUACAGAUUUUGAAGCACGAUAAACAGAAUAAAUACUGGUUAUUUAGAAGUUGGGGUAGGAUAGGAACAACUAUUGGUGGUACCAAAUUAGAUAGCUUACACUUAGAAGAUAGCAAAGCACAGUUUGAAUUUUUGUACGAAGAUAAAACUGGAAACCGUUGGUCUCAAAGAGAACAUUUUGUUAAAGUGCCUCAUAAGAUGUAUCCCGUUGACGUUGAUUACGGAGACGAAGUUACAACAAAAUUAUUAGAUUCUGACAUUGAGAGUAAUUUAGAAAAACCAGUUCAAGAUUUAAUAAGAUUAAUUUUCGACGAAGGACAUAUGAAAAAAGUAAUGGCAGAGUUUGAAAUUGACGUAGAUAAAAUGCCGCUUGGAAAGUUAACUAAAAAACAAAUUCAGAAAGCUUAUUCGGUACUAACAGAACUUCAGGAACUAUUAAAAAACAAACCAGUUGAUUCCGUUCUUUUACUCGAUGCGUCUAAUAGAUUUUAUAAUUUAAUACCUCAUAAUUUUGGAGUAUCUGGACCUAAAGUCUUGGAUACAAUCGAAGAAAUUCAUGUGAAGUGUGAGAUGUUAGAUGCGUUACUCGAAAUGGAAAUUGCCUAUUCUCUGUUGCAUACCAAGACCGAUGCAACAAAGAAUCCACUCGACGUUCAUUACGAGCAAUUACAUACUGAUAUUAAAAUAUUAGACAAAGAAAGUGAGGAAUACAAAGUUAUUGAUCAAUACGUAAAGAAUACUCAUGGAAAGACUCACACGCAGUAUGAACUUGUGAUUGAAAACGUAUUUGUUGUUAAGAGACAAGGAGAAGAGAGUAGAUAUAAGCCAUUCAAGAAACUACAUAAUAGAAAAUUAUUAUGGCAUGGUUCUAGAACAACUAACUUUGCUGGUAUACUUUCUCAGGGAUUAAGAAUAGCUCCACCAGAAGCUCCAGUUACCGGAUAUAUGUUUGGUAAAGGUAUAUACUUCGCAGAUAUGGUUACCAAAUCUGCGAAUUAUUGUUGUACAAAUAGUGGAGACCCUACUGGAUUAUUGUUACUUUCUGAAGUAGCAUUGGGUAAUAUGUAUGAAAGAUAUCGUGCAGAUUAUAUUGAGAAACUACCCCAAGGUAAACAUUCAACGUGGGGUCAUGGCCAGACACAGCCCGAUCCCGAAGUCGUUCAUAAAAUGGAAGAUGGUGUCGAAGUUCCAUAUGGACCAGCUGUACCUGCUAAACUUCCUAAAAAAUCAGACCUAUUGUACAAUGAAUUUAUUGUAUACGAUGUUGCUCAAGUAAAGGUGCGGUAUUUGGUGAGGAUGUACUUUAAGUACAAGGUAUAAUAUUAUAUACAACAUCGUAUUAUGAUAUUAUAUACAAUGAUUAUGUAUGCCAUAUGCAAUAUAACUUAUGUUAUAUCUUUGAA